GUUUCGUGUUGUGAUUGAUUUAACACUGAAGUGUUUCUUCUUAUUUACAACCUAAGUACGACAGUUAGGAACAGAAACCGAGAUUAAAUAAAGCAAGAAACGAGUCGCUGAGAGCAGAAUUUGCCUGAGUACAUCCCCACAAUGGCCUCCACCUCAUCAGUUGGGGAUAAACAGUUGCAGAGGAUAAUCAGAGAUCUGCAUGAUGCCGUGAUAGAAUUAAGUAAGGAACACAGAGAGUGUGGUGAACCCAUAACUGACGACAGCGCCAACUUGCACAAGUUUUUCUACAAACUAGAAUACCUGCUGCAGUUUGACCAAAAAGAGAAGACAACCUUCCUUGGCCACAGAAAAGACUACUGGGAUUACUUCUGUGACUGCCUGAUUAAGAUCAAGGGAGCUAACGAUGGCAUCCGUUUUGUGAAGUCCAUCCCUGAGUUGAAGACGUCACUGGGGAAAGGACGGGCCUUCAUCCGCUACUCACUUGUUCACCAGCGUCUCGCUGACACACUGCAGCAAUGUUUUAUGAAUCACAAAGUCACGAGUGACUGGUAUUAUGCCCGGAGUCCAUUCCUCAAGUCUCACCUCACUGCUGACAUAAUCAACAAUCUUUAUGAACUUAACCAGAUCCAAUUUGAUGUGGCAGCCAGAGGUUAUGACCUUGAUGCAGAUUGGCCAAAAUUUGCAAGGCGAACAUUAGGAUCUGGUUCCUCAGCCUUCCUUUGGAAGCCCCCUAGUCGCUGCUCUAGUGUCAACAGUCUGGUUAGCAGUUAUUCACACUCACAGGGUCAGGAGUUUUUCCCAGCCCCAGAUUUGAGUCACAGUGUCCUUGAUGAACCUUCAUCCUGCAGCAUUGCAGAGAAUCUGCGGAUUGAGCUCGACCAGUCUGAGCUCAGACAGCAGGAGCUUUUGGUGAAAGUUCAAGAGUUAGGCAAGGAGGCUGUGGAGCUGAAAUGUAUUGUAAAAAACCUCCAAGAACAGUUAUCAGCUCAGAAGUCUGACAAAUCAGCAUCUACAGCAGCCCAAAGUAACCAAGAAACAAACAGUGAGGAAAGACUAAAUCAUCAUCAUCGUCGUCAAACCCGCAGGGAAUCGAUAAGCAGUGAACUUCAAGAUAGGCUCACAGCUGCUGAGAACAAAAAUAUGGAGCUUCUUUCCAAGUUAGAUGAGACUCUUAAAGAAAGGGGACAACAAACUGCCAGUUACUGCGACUCAGCCUGGAAAAUCCAGGAACUCCUGGACAAACUCAAGUCUGCAGAGGAGGAGAGGUUGGAGGCAAAAAGAGAGGCUGAGGACCGAACAAGGCACUGUGAAUGUCUGUCACAGGAACUAAAACUCAGGGAAGAAGAAUUGAGGAACGCUGAGGAGAAGCUAGCUGAAGUAAAAGCCGGAGCUGAUGAUGAACGUGAGGAGGCACUCACACGGCUAGAGGAGCUCCAAAGUGCAGUCGGUCGAAUUCAGGGGGCUCUGACUUUAAAAGAGAAAGAGACGGGGAACUUGAGAGCCCAGCUUCAGGACCUGCAAGCCUCACUGGAAUGCAGGGAACGGCAGGCAGAGGAACUGAGGAAAAUACUGCAGGAAGAGAAGGAGGAGGUAGAGAAGCAAUGUAGCAUGAGUAGCAGCCAGAAUGAGGAACUUGAGAGCCUCAUUUCAGAUUUAAGAAAAAGUCUUAAAAGCAGAGAGAAAGAGCUAGCAGCUAGUUCAGAAAAAAUCAAACAUUUAGAAGAGCAGUUAGAAAAACUAAAUGUAGAGAAAGAAACUGUGAGCUCUCGAAAUAUUGAUGAUGAAAUAAUUUCUUGCAGUGAAUCUGAGAAUACUGCUGAUGACAAAACACAAUUCAGCAAUCUAAUGGAAAUAAAUGCCAAGCUUCUCCAAAGGGUUAGGAAAGGUGAGGCAAGUAUUACAGAGCUGACUGAGAGCAGGGCCACCCUGUUAGACCAGCUAGCUUCUUUGAGGGCGUCUGAGAAGCACCUAAAAGGUAGAGUGGAAGCGGCAAAGAUGAGUGUGGAAGACAGAGAGAAGAAGCUUUUAGAUGAAAACCUGCAUUUGGAGGAGAUGGUCCAAAAAGCAUUUGUCCAGAGGGAAGAAUGUGAUGCUCAAUUGAAGAAGCUCGAGCAGGAGAAUACUGAGCUUCUAGGCAGUCAGUCGACACUGAAGAAACAGUUAGCCACAACGCAACAGGAACUGGACUCACUCACUACCAAAGCUGAAAAAUUAGACAUGAACCUUAUAGUGUCUCAGAAAAGCCAAGCAGAGUUACUUGAAAAGCUCCAGGAAACUGAAACUAAGCUAAGAGACCAGACUGUAAAAUGUGAGCUUCUGCAGGCUCGAGCAGAGGAGCUAGAUAGCCAGAGUGGAGAGCUGCACGAUGAAAAAGGAGCAGCAGAGAGCAAUGAAAAGAUGCAGAAGCUUCACAGCAAGCACCAGACAUCCUCAGUGGAAACCAAAGAGACCCCAUUCAGGCUGGUUAUAGCUGAGGCGCAACUGGAACUCAACCUAAGGGAGGUAACCAGGCUCCAGGAAGAGGUGGUGGAGCUUAGAGCACAACUUCUGGCAGGAAAUGAGGAGAAGAUGAAAGCUCAGACCCUGCAGGAGGUGACAGAGGCCUCCAGAGAGGACCUUUGUGUUUUAUCAGAACAACUGAAGGCCCAAGUUGAGGAACUAAACCGCCGGCAUGUGGAUGAAAUUCUUAGAUCUCGGGAACGUGAGGAGGCUCUUAUUCGUGAGCGAGAUGGUGAGGCACAGGCUCGAGCAGGUCUUGCUGCAGAGGUGACAGCAUCUAGAGAAGAGCUUGAUAAACUCAAGCUGCGUUAUGAUGCUUUGUGUCUGGAGAACAGUGAAUCAAGGGAGGCCCUUCACAGAGCCAACACAGAGACUGCAGAACUAGGUGUGCAUGUGUGCAUGCUGACUGCUGAGAGUGAGGAGGCUCGACUGCGCUGGGCGGGCCUGUCAACAAGGCUGCAGGAGCUGGAGGAGGAGGCAACUCAGGAGGCAGAAAGGCUGAAUUCCUGCAUGGAGCAGCUGCGUCAGGAGAACCAGGAACUCCACAGUCAGCUCCAUAGCACAGAGGAUCUCAUGGCAUCCAAGGAGAAACUCCAGAAACAGCUGAGCAAGGCCCAACAGGAAACCGAAGCUGUGCAGGAGAUAAACCAAGAAGAGAUUCAACAACUCCGGCUGCAGCUCAGCAGCCAGGCCAUAAGCCAGGAAAACCAGCUCCAGAACACAAUUCUGGAGUUACGGGAUGUUAAAUUGCAGCUCCAGACUAAGAACGAGAAAGUAGUCACCCUGGAGAACCGUGUCAAGCAGCUAGAGGCUGAAAAUCAGAGAUAUUACCAACAGAUUGAGGAGAAAAACAUCCAGAUGGCCGAGUCUGAAAAUCUUAUCCACCAGAAAGAAGACGAGAUAAUCCAUCUGAAAGGGAAUUUAUCAAGAUCUGAGGAGGCGCUAGCAGCUGCUCAGCGGGCCUGUCAGGACAUGGCUGAAAAUCUACAAAGAGUCACACAGGACAGGCAAAGCUUUGAUCUGAAAAUGGCUGCUGAACUAGAUGAUCUUUACCGUACCAAAAUCAAUUUGGAGGAAAGGCUCGUGGAACUCAUCAGGGAGAAGGAUGCCCUUUGGCAGAAGUCAGAUGCUCUGGAGUUUGAGCAGAAGCUGCGGGAUGAGGAGACGGAGAGGGAUGUCAACUACUGUCUGGGGUGUCACACUCAGUUCAGCUGGUGGUUUCGUAGGUACAGCUGCAGACUGUGUGGACGCCCCUUCUGCUACUACUGCUGCAGCAACACAGUGAGCACCCAGCAGGGUGGCAACAAAGAGCGCUGCUGUAAGGACUGUUACAACCAGCACAGUGCGGUAGUUGAGCGCCACCCACAGGAAGAAGUGAUUCACAGCACACCGGGGACACCAUUCAGGCGCUUGCUGCAGGCUGGCCUGGCUGUGAGCGGUGUUUCAGGAGCAGGUGAAGGUGACAAGCUGGACGAUGGUGUUUUUGACAUUAUCACAGAAGAGGAAGUGUGUGGGGUCUACGAUGGCGAAUCCCCAUCUUUUGUCACCGGUUGCUCUCCUGGGCAUGGGCAGCAGGGGGCAGCACAGCUAAACAACAGUGCCAGUGCAGGAGACCUCACAUCAGAAGAUACUGAGGACCUCAGUGCUGCAGUACAGGAUGCAGAGAUCUGCCUGCUGAAGUCUGGAGAACUGACGCUCUCUGUGCACUUCACAGUGGAUGACAUCUCAGCGUUUGGUGACAGCUCCCGAGAGCUCUUCAUCAAAUCGAGCUGUUACAGCACCAUCCCCAUCACCAUGAGCAGUCCUGGCCCCACUGUGUCCUGGACCUUCACCUCUGAACCAAAGAGCAUCUCCUUCAGUGUGGUCUACAGGGAGACCACAGAGACUCCACUGGAGCAAGCCAAGGUUUUGAUCCCCCUAACCCGCUGUAACUCCCACAAGGAGACAAUGCAGGGAGAACUGAAAGUCAGAAAUCCCGGAGAAUACACACUUAUCUUUGACAACUCCUUCUCCAGGUUCAUCUCAAAGAAAGUGCUGUAUCAUCUGAGUCUAGACAAGCCCGUGGUCUACGAUGGAACUGACCUCCUCUGAGCGUGACAGGAGAGACACGAGCAUGUGUAAAACUGACUUUUGAGACUGUCAAGGCUGUCAAAUCUCAUAGGUAUCAUUUUAAGGCAAAUGGGUCAGAGUGUUCUGAUGCUGAGCAGCCUCAGUGGAAAGGCUGUGGCAUUAAAAAACGUCUUAACUGCUUUCUACUCCUUCGUAACGUAAAAUGAAAGAAAACAAUGUUACACUACUGUAUGUCAGCAUGCACUACCUUUUAUGAAAGCUAGUUUAAAUAUAGCAUGAGGGAUAGCCAAACGGUUGCAUAUCUGAAUGUGACCAACUUGUGAGUGCACAUAUGUGCUUGUGUGUCUGCACAUACACAUGCAGCUUCUCUAGUGCAGAAGUAAGAAGUGAGUUAUUUGACUUUUCCUUUCAAAAUUAAGACUGACAUGCACUGACAAGUAUAUUUUGCUCCAGGAGUCGCUCAUGCGGUUAAAAUUUUCGUGCACAGAAUGAGAAAUUUUAUGUUUUGAUAUCCAAAAUUUUCAUAGUCAAAUUAAUUGCCUAAAAGAAGGAGUUGAGAAAGUAUUUAUAUACUGAAAAAACAGGCAGGACUGUCUGAUUUUGAGUAAAUUGGUGGCCUAAAUACAUCAGAUAAGCAUACUUUAUAACAAAAAUAAUAUAUAGUAAUUGUUAUAGUUCAUUGUUCCCAGCAAACCUCUGACUGCUGGCAAGCAUGUGGUUGAGACAUGAUCAAACGCUUGUUGUUAAAGCGUUGUGGAGAUCAUGUCUGUUUGCAAACUGAGAAAAAUCCAAUCACUUGAUUUAUUAACGGUAAAUUUUGUUUUAAAACUUUGAAGAAUUUAACUUUGAGUCUUAACUGACGUUUUAGUGAAUAUUAAUGCUACAGUAGAAUGAGCCCAGCAGUAUGUCCUGUUCAUGCUCCUUUCGCACAUUUUUCUUAUUGUUGCCUUUUUCAUCUGUCAGGAAUUAGAUGAACUGGUUCUGUUGCAAUCAUGACGAAGCUUAACGGGAAGAAACAAGACCACAGACAGAACCCAGAAAGCAUUUGGUUUUAUUUAUCUUGAGUAAACACGCUUUAUUUCAGUGUUUUGUCUCUGAUGGUCGCAGCUGAAGACAGAGCGGAAUGCGGCUGCUUGGUUUCUAUGCAUCCAAACACUAAGAGUGUGUCCAGGCUUUCCAGCUUCAUCAUGUACAUAUCAAAAUUUAGGUUUUUCUUCAGUUGAACCAUGACUCCUGAUGAUUUUACAUUACAUUUAGCAAAAAAAAAAAAAAAAUGGGACUGAUUCUCAUGAAAAAUAUAAAGCUGUUACUGUGUUUGUUUAUCAGAAAAAAUAUCUUUAGAAUCAUUUUGUUGGUGUUUUUAUUUUCAUGCUGUUGCUUUGUAAUGUUCUGAAUAAGGUAAUUGGAGUGUUUUGUUAUGAGAAAUUUGUACAACCUGCAGGUUGUCAAACAGAAAACAUAAGCCUCAGCCUUCAUCAUGCAAGUCCAAAAAUUCUAUCAGUUUAAUACUUGAAUUUUUCUCAUGACUCUUAAAAGGAUUUAAAUGUGGAAAAUAAUCCAAUUUUCCAAACAGUAAUCCAGCAUCUUAUCAUUUAACAGUACUGACUUAGAAACACCGGAUCACUGCUUUGCUUCUCCAGAGAGUUUAAAAAAUGUCUUCCUUCAUUUUAAACCCAUUUUCUAAUUUGGGUUGUGAAGAAAACUGACAGGAGGAAAGCAAAUAAGGAAAAAUUGAUUUUUAUACAUACAUGAUUAAGAGUGACACGUUGCCAAAUAUAUUGUCUAUUUUACAAUUCUUAAAUGGAAGUUUCUAUUUAAAGACACUGCGACAUGACUGCUGUGCAAUGCACUUUGUGAAAGGGCUUUUUAUUGAUCUGUAUCCCAUGAGCCUUUGUGCCAGGUGAUGAAUGUUUCUUGUUUUUUUUUUUCCUCCUCCAUAUGUUGGCUGUCUGUGAUUGUAGAUGUUUACAGCUGGAUUUGUCAGAGGGAAUCUGCCGACAUGUCUUAUGAGAACUAAAAUAUUUAUACUACAUAUUUAUACUAGAAAUGAUUAUGGUUAAUAAAUAAGGAUUGUGUGAUGAAUCUGUGA